AUGUACACCGCGAGGAAGAAGAUCCAGAAGGAGAAGGGCCUUGAGCCCUCCGAGUUCGAGGACUCUGUCGCCCAGGCUUUCUUCGACCUGGAGAACGGCAACCAGGAGCUCAAGAGCGACCUCAAGGACCUGUACAUCAACAAUGCUAUCCAGAUGGAUGUUGCCGGGAGCAGGAAGGCUGUUGUGAUCCACGUCCCGUACCGCCUGCGCAAGGCCUUCAGGAAGAUCCACGUCAGGCUCGUCAGGGAGCUUGAGAAGAAAUUCAGCGGCAAGGAUGUGGUAAUUGUUGCCACAAGGAGGAUCGUGAGGCCACCCAAGAAGGGUUCAGCUGUUCAGCGCCCUCGCACCAGGACUCUGACUGCUGUUCAUGAUGGCAUCUUGGAGGAUGUUGUCUGCCCAGCUGAGAUUGUGGGGAAGCGUGUCAGAUACCGCCUGGAUGGUGCCAAGAUCAUCAAGAUCUUCUUGGACCCAAAGGAGAGGAACAACACCGAAUACAAGCUGGAGACCUACACUGCGGUCUACCGUAGGCUGUGUGGGAAAGACGUGGUCUUUGAGUACCCUACGACCGAAAAUGCAUAA